CUUUUGGACCCAGAAUCCUCCGCGCCAGGGCAACAUGGAAGAAAGCAGCAGCCACAGGAGAACAAUGUUUUGGCAAUAAAUCCCCCGAGCGGCGAAGACGGAGACAAUAUAAACGCGUUCGAAACUAACUGCGGUCAUGCGUAGAAUGAUCUCCUCCUGCAUUCCUAAUUAGAUUAAUCGCCCUCCUUCUCCCCCUGCAUAAAGUAAACCACCACCAUGAGUAUUAUCCAAGACAAGUUAGGCAAUGAGUUUUUGCGCAAUGGAGGCAUGGACCCCAAUUUUCCAUCAGGCAUGCUCAUGUUCAGCCACCUGCCUCCAGUCACCAGCUUCACACGGCUGGCCUCCCAGCCUGUUAUGGGUGAACUUCCCCAGGAGAUGAUCCUGAAGAAGGAGCGCGACUCUCCUCCAGAACACCAGGGUACCAUUGCUGCAAACUCAGGGGGCUUCCUACACAGCAUGGGCAUUAAACAAGAGCGGCUAAGUGAGCUGGAUUACAGAAUGCCCCUCUACGGGAGUGGAGUAGGGGUGAGCUGCGCUGGAGGGGGCUCAGGGAAAAGUGGUACUGACAUGCCAGAUAUGUCUUUCGGCAACCAGCACCAAAAUCACCAGAGCAUGCUCCUGCAUGACCUCAGCCUCAGCAGUGUUCGUACCUUGGGAGAACCGAUGCCUGGACGACCAGGUAAAGAGCCAAAAGAGUCCUCAGGUAGAAGAGGGAGGAGGAGCAAUGGGGAUGGGCAAGGAGGCAAAGCUAGAAGGAAACGCAAUGAUGCCGCAAAGGCUAUGAUGUUGGAAGGAGAUGGAGCCUGCCUGUCCCCGAACUCUAAACCACAUAUCUGUGAGCACUGUAAUGCUGCCUUUCGCAGCUCUUACCACUUACGUAGACAUGUGCUCAUACACACAGGUGAGAGGCCUUUUCGUUGCAGUCAGUGUAACAUGAGCUUCAUUCAGAAAUAUUUGCUCCAGCGGCAUGAGAAAAUCCACAGUGGGGAGAAGCCUUUCAGCUGUGACCAAUGUAACAUGCGCUUUAUUCAGAAGUACCAUAUGGAGCGACACAAAAGGACACACAGUGGCGAGAAACCGUAUCGCUGCGAUACUUGCCAACAAUUCUUUUCAAGAACAGACCGGUUACUGAAGCACAAACGGACUUGUGGAGAAGCCAUAAAAAAGGGUCUAGAUCCAAACAUGCUGGAGCUCAAUGGAACAGAGCUUGGCCAGGGCAGCUAUUCACUCACUCAGGGAAACUCUACCACCUCUGGACGCAAGAGGUCAAAGUCCAAAAAUGGUGAAGGUGGUGAACGCAAGAAAAAGAAGAAUGCGUCGGCGACCUCAUCUUCUAGUGGGAUGCCCCACGACCUGGGCCUGCAGGACUUCAGCAUGGAACACCCGUCAGGCUCUGAUCCAGUCAUGCAAGGACGUGCUCCCAAAAUGGUCUUUAAAAAAAAUGGUCGCAAAGGGCUAGAUAAGGGCCUCCUCUCGCUGGAAGAUGGUACUGAUGGACAAAAACUGUUAGGUCAGAAGCCUGGUGCCAUGGAUCAUGUGGAGGGCCCUGGACUUGAUAACAUGGGUCUACUGGGACCUGGGGGCGGCAAGCCCGGUCCCGCCACCAGCAGCAACUAUGAUGAUGCAAUGCAGUUUGUCAAAAAGCGGCGCUACCUCCAUGCAGUUACCAGCGACUAUGGAGCCAGUACACUUCACAUGGCAUCCCAGGGUAGUGUGAUUCAGGGUUCCUUGGGACCAGAGCCCACUCUGGCCAUGCUGGACUCCUCGCCGCUGGAGCUCAAGCACGACAAGUCAGGCAUUCCAGACGAGGUACUGCAAAGCCUGCUCGACCAUUAUAGCCAUAAACCAGAGGGAACACACCACCACGAUGUGACUUUCGACCUGUCCGACCACCCACACCAUGUAGACCUCCAGCCAGCAGCCCCGGUUACUCCAGAACUGGAGGAUGAUUCCCCCAAUGGUGGCGACAAAACAGCAGUGAUGAGUGAGUACUCGAAGUUCCUUCUCCAGGCCCUGGAGCGCACCAGCCAUAGUGGACCCUUCCCCAGCCUUGGUCCAACGGGGCCUUUCCCACUCCUGUCCAGCAGCUCCAGUCCCACAGGGCCCUUGUUUUCUGACAAGCACUCAUACACCACUUCUCCACUAGAUUGUGGCUACCCACCUACUGUUUCCUCUCCGCUGCCCAUUGCAGCCCCUUCGUCCUCCUCCUCUGUGUCCUCCUCCAAGUCCCACUUUGGAAUGCUAGUGGGAUCCCCCUCCCAGACAGGCUACCACCUCAGCCUGGACUCUACAAGCCACCAGCAGCUGACUCCAUCUCAGGAGCUUACCGAACAGUUGGAGAAGCAGCACUCCCCAGGCACCUUCAACUUACCCCCCCAGGAGCUUACCGCCACGGCCGAGGGCUCCAAGGGACAGCAGUCCAAGGCUGUAGGGAGCACUGCACCUACCAACGGCUCCACCUACCCAGACCUGUCCCCACUGAACCCCCCGAAAGAAACCACGUACCAGAUCGAGAACUUUGCCCAAGCUUUUGGCUCCCAGUUCAAAUCUGGACGGAGGACCCCUCUGAGCUACGGCAGCGACCCCGGAGCAGAGGUCGAACCCAGAAUACGGACUCCAGUGUCAGAAUUCUCAGGGUAUAGCAGCUUGUUAGCUGACGUCAGUGAGCCAGUGAGCACAGGAUCAAAAACCCUGACAAGCCAAAGUUUCAGAUAAGGGUCAGACAAGGUGAAGCCUGUAGGGGCCUGUUGUGCUACUGUCCGUACGGCCCCUUCACCUGCUCUAAUUUUGUUCCUGUAGCAAAGUUUUUGUUUUAUGAACACUGCCAUUAAAUGUUAAUAGAGAAAUGACCAGGGAGGGUCUUCUAUGGCCUCAAAUGCAAUUUAAAAAAAAAAAAUUCUCAUUUUUAUCAUGUAGUCGCCUAUGUUUUGUUUAAGAAUAGUGAUUUUGAUAUGAACGUACCGUAGAUUUAAAUGUAAUUUAAAACAUUUAGAGGGUAGCUAUGAACAUGCUUGUUUUUAUUUUUCCUUCUUUCUCCGAACCUUUGGGUUUUAUCAAUCAUCUUACCAUUGUAAAGUGUGAAUUAUGAAUAAUGUUGAUGAUUUCAAUAAUAAUAACGUGGCAGGGAAAGGCCCAGAAUUCAAAUGGCAAAAAAAAAGUAUAUAUUGUCUGUUACAAGAAACAUAUUAACUCAGGAAAAUAGGCAAAUUUGUGUAAUAAGACUUUGUAUUAUGAGAUGCAAUUAGCACAGUUUUUACAGAUGUACUUUGAGACUGCAAAGCUUUGAAUUUUGUUUUAUUUUUUCACUUGUUUUUUUUUUUUUUUACGUGUUAGAACAAAUUGACAGUACAUGAUAAUGUUUGGUUUCUACUUGGUGAAGCUUUGUCGAGAUUAUGGUACUGUUGUCUCAA